AUGGAUCCACUCCAACUACCACGACCACCACUGAGUUGCGGCAUGCUUGUACCCGAUCCCUUUAUUCCAAAAGUGUACGACGGGUCCGUGGAAGACCCUCACAUCUCGUACCAUGAACGGCUUUAUUCCAAACCGUUUUGGUCUCAUCCGAAUCACAACCUGGAUGCUUUCGCCCAGAGCGGGAAGUUUGAAGUCAAUGGUAUGCACCCAUGCUCUACCGGAGACAGUGUGUUCUAUGGGUCAUCAUACGAGGCUGGACAGAAAUCUCCAACAAUCCAGGGACAUACGUAUCAACAUCAUUCUCAUCACCAGCAACAUCAGUCACCGCCUCAUCAUCAACAUCUUCAUAACCAUCAGCAACAAUUACAACAACAACAACAACAGGAACAACAUCACCACCAAGCGAAAACUCAGCAUUCCACGACCUUACGGAAUCCAUCUCCAACUUCUUCCUCCCUAGAUUCCAGUGUUCUAUCGAGAACCGUUCAACAUAUGGAUGGAUGUCUUUUAUCUGAUUCCUAUUCCCCUACGUAUGCAAGUGGAACAGAAUUAAACUCUGCUUAUAACAGUACAGAUUCCACUAAAACGACCAAUGCAAUUUGGUCUUCAACACUGUCGCAGGUUGCUGCGGUUGCUGCAGCUGCAAUGGUGUGCGCCUCGGUAGGUGAAGAGCGCGAGUCAACCGGCCCAGGUGAUUCAAUUUACCACGGUAGAGAUCCAUGUUCUUCUCUUGGUUUUACCGAUCGCAUACCAUUCACAACUGAUUAUCCCGGUCACGAGGUUCUCGGGCAAUUUUGGAAAGAAAAUCCAAUACGAUCCGUUAGUCCUGCGGUGGAGGAAACUGCUCACACGACAAUCCAUUACAAGUCCAAUGCUCCGCUGGAUGCCAAUAACAACCACUCGAUUGCUGAUGUUCGAUCAACAGCAAGCUCAGGUAGUCGUUUGCAACACGAUCGCCAUAAACCGAGAGGAAUGGUGUUACCCCGAUUCCCUGGCAAAGAAUGCUCCAUGAACGUGGCGCUUAAUACGAAUCCAAUGAAAAUCCUUUCCGACACCAAUAUCAGUAGUUGCUCCAAAUCGUAUGCAUCUGAAAAUCUCCGAACAUCUACAGAGUUUCAUCUGACAGAUGAAACUAACUGUAAUCGUUUGUUCGAGGCAACACCUAUAGACACGAUACAAACAUCAUCCGUUGACGAGGUGUCCAUUGCUUCAGGUACAAAAAAACUCAGUCCAGAAUCCGGUUUGUUACUCCCCACAAAUCAGCCCCCCGUCGAACAUGUGCAUCCCGGUGGUUAUUUACGUCGAUCAAGCGAUAGCAGUUCACCAUUACUCAAAAUCGAAGCGGAUUUUCACCCAAACGCAUCAAACUUGCGGAUAGAGCGAAUCUAUCCCGGUACUACCACGACACCCUAUGACGAUGAGAUCAGACUGACGGCGAUAGAACGUGCUUCCGUUUUGCAUCAGUACACCUCACCUGAGAAUAAACGAUCAUUGGAUUCUUCUUCCGCCUACUACCUAGACCCUUAUUCUGGACGGUUUGAUCCCCAGUCAGCAUCACAUGCCGUAUCCAACGCAACCGCUACCACCACUACUGUUGCACAAACAGUAGAUUUUAAUUCGGCUACCGAGUGGCUGUUACAAAACGCCAGGUGUUCCAACCUGAUACAAACAUCAGAUGACUAUGAACGUAUGAACGAAUCAAUAAAAGAUCCAUCAGAAAUGGAAUCCACUGCUAUGCUAACAGACGUUAAGCACGGCCCUCCUAAUUCGAGUUGCUCACCGAUUCCGCAUGUCCAUCAUCCAUCGAGAGGUACUACUUACGACUCCGGGAUCUAUCUCAGCUCAACACCUGCAAAUCAGCAGCGUUCGGUACCCAGAGAAACUGUUACCGCUUGUGGUCAAGAUAUUUCACCAAACACGUCCUCAACCUACGACGGAACGUUUGAUUGUUUCAAUUUCACUCAGCUCAGCUAUCUGUCCGCGUCAAUUCUUCCCCCGAAUGAAAGAAGCACUCGUUCGGAACUGCCGUAUUUGGCAGCGAGGCAAGCUCUUUUUGCGAGUUAUUUAAAUCGCAACAGAAACAAUGGAAUGUCAGAUCUCGCCCAGAUAUCGAAUCACGCACCCUCAGAAUCUCCCUAUGGCCAACUGGAUGAACGUCACCCGAUAAAUCCAGGCGACCUGAUGUCUGAUAAGGACUACUCUCAGAGUCCAGAUCUACUUGGUGAUCAGGACAUCCUAAGGAAUGCCGUUUUGCGAGACAUCUCCACCUCAAGUAUGCAUCACUUGCCCCAUUUACGUUCUUAUUUGUGUCCCGAUACGGAAGAUAAGCGUAAUCAUUCAUAUCCAAAUAAAUCCCGGUUCCUCACCACGUUGUGCAAUUAUCCGGAUCAGGGGUCUAUGUUUUCUACCUAUCAACAUGGUGCGUCCGGUCUGGAUGGCAACUUACGCUAUCGUGAUCUAGCCGAACGUGGACUAGAACGCCUCUCCUACGACUUGGCUCUCUGUCAGAACCGUUCUAGUCUGAGUCCAAAUGAAUCACGUUUGAUGACUAGUGACAGCUCCCCAUCGGCUUCAUCCAUUCCAAACACCAGUUCACCAUCACUGAGUAAUCCAAAGUCCAUAUCCUAUGGUAACGGAACAACGCUUGGCUCGAUCAAACAAACUGAGCUGGAUUUCAACCAGUUAUGCCUCGUCUGUGGCGAUAGUGCAGCAUGUCAGCAUUACGGUGUGAGAACUUGUGAAGGAUGCAAAGGAUUUUUCAAAUUUGCCCGUGAUGCAGCUUGCAUCUUUGCGAGCACAUCACCUCCAUUGUUGACCAGCUACUGGGCAGAGCUGGGAAUUGAUGCUGCUUUUUGUUCUGAUUUGUGGUUUGAGGAGAUAACCUGUUUUGGCAGAAUCGAACCAAUCUCUCAACCUUACUCCAAACCGGCCUUUAUCCCCAUUCAGUCUAGGCCUAGUGGUCUCCGUCGUCGUCGUUGUCGUCGUCCUGCUCGUCAUCCUCUCGAUAUUCAUGGACCACAGCACUGA